GGACUGCGACUGUGAAGUGAAGUGUCUUUGAAGUGUGAAUUACUGAACUCAACUGUGAACUGACAAAUGACAAUAAAUAUAUAAUAUUUUUGUGGCUCUAAGUAGAACAUUUCGUUCGAACUUUGCGUGGGCAAGUAGAAAUACAAAGAAUCUAGAGAAUGUCUAGUGCAGAUAGGAUCGAUUUUGAAAUGGAGGUAGAAGUGGAAAGUGCGUCGUCAGGACCAUCGGUGGAUGUUCCUAACCCCACCUCACCAGCUGCGCCUCCACCGGGAACAAACAAAAGCGUCGUGGUCACUACUGCUACUUCUGGCUCCGUUACAGUAUCUUUACAUCCAUUAGUUAUUAUGAAUGUAUCAGAACAUUGGACUCGUUUAAGGGCUCAGGAGGGCUCACCUCAGACAGUUGUUGGAGCGCUCAUAGGAAAACAAAAAGGAAGGAAUAUUGAAGUAAUGAAUUCAUUUGAACUUGUAUUCAGCGUGCUUGAUGGAGAUAUUAUUAUUGACAGGGAUUAUUACAAUUUAAAGGAAGAACAGUUUAAACAAGUGUUUUCUGAUAUGGAUUUCCUAGGAUGGUACACAACAGGAGAGACACCUACAGAGAGAGACAUCGCUGUACAUCGUCAGAUUUGUGAUAUAAAUGAAUGUCCUGUUAUGUUGAUGCUAAAUCCUGCUGGUAGAAAUGGAGAUCAAUUACCAGUGGUACUAUAUGAAUCAGUAAUUGAUGUUGUCAACGGUAGAGCUACAAUGCUUCUUGCACCACUCACAUACACCUUAGCUGCGGAAGAAGCCGAGAGGAUUGGAGUGGACCAUGUUGCCAGAGUUUCAUCAGGAGAAGCAGCAUUCAACAGUUUAGUUGCAGAACACUUGACCGCGCAGAGGUCGGCUAUAAAGAUGUUAGUGUCGCGUGUGCGCGCGGUGCUCGCGACGGUGCGCGCGAUACGCGACGGUACGCUGCCGCCGCGCCCCGCGCUGCUGCGGGAGGCGAGGGCGCUGUCCAACCGCCUGCCGUUGCUCACUUCGCAGCAGUUUAGAACGCACUUUUAUAAUCAAUGCAACGAUGUGGCGCUCAUGACUUACUUGGGUACAAUAACGAAGGGCUGUAAUGCGAUCAACCAGCUGGUGAACAGGUUCAACGUAAUGUACGACAGACAGGGCAUGGGGCGCCGCAUGAGAGGACUCUUCUUUUAGGGUGGACGCUAAUAACUUACUGUUUCUUGUACAUAUAGAUAGGCUGUGUUUAAUGUUACAGGGUUUCACAAAGGUGACAUGUUAAUGAUUUUAAAAGUGGCCAUAAUAUGAUAACUCAUUAAGUUUAUAGUGCAUGCUAAUGAACCUAGUGGUAAUGAACCUAAAGAAACACGAUAUAUAAAGAUCAAUCAGUACACAUAUCUGACAUCAACAACAAGUCCACAAUCUACUUAAGCUUCCACAACUCUUUUUAAAGGUACGUUUUCAAAAUAUUAAGUUGAUUGUGAAACCCUGUCUUAGAAUAUUAUGAUCUUAGCAAAAGCUUUUAAACAUCUCUGCGGUUACCAAUAAUGUGACAAAAAAUAAAAAAAGAAUAAUCUUGUAAUCUUUUUUUGUUUUUUUCAAUUUCUUUUAUUUUUAUAUAUUAACGAUCUUACGAGAUUAUUACGUCUAUACUUAAAACGUGUCCGUUGCAAGUUAGGUUACAUCGAUGUGCAAUGAUGUUUCAAUAAUUUUAAUAACAUUUUUUAUUCUCAGAAUAUAAAAAUAAGCGACUGAUAAAACAACUCCGAUCAAUUGAAAUUUGUUUCCUGUCAUGUCUAAUAAAUAUUAAAUAUGA